AAAAAAAAGAAAAUAAUCAAUAAUAUGAAUAACUCCGCGUAAUUCUCGGGUGUUUGUGUUCUGGGGGAAAAGAAGAGGCGCAAACAAUUUUUGACAAAAGAAAAAUUGAACGAAAAAGCUUCUUCCAAGUUUGAAAGCUAAUUUUCUCCCUGAAAAUAAAACUUUCCAGGAAAAAGGUUCAAACUUUUUGGGGUCAAAAUAUUGGGUUUGGUUGAUUGUGCCCCCGAUCGGAUCUGUCCCGCAAUCAUUAGCACCAAACUCUUCUCCUUUUGUGCUCUGUCUCGCUACCUGUAUUCAUCUCUAAGGCAUUGUUGAACCCUUUAUUUGCAUUUUUGGUCUCCAUUGCAUCGAAGUCAGCUCCAAAAUUAUAGAAUUUCGACAAGGGUUGUUGAAUUUUGUUUGUUUUGUGUUAAAAGUUUCGAUCUUGAUCGAGUUUCAGCAAAAGGGUCUGCGUAAUAUUGGCAGUUUGAUCUGAAAGCCUUGGCCUUUUUGGAGUAGCUGAUGAAAUGAGAAGCAAUAGAUAUGGUUUGGAAUGAUUCUAGGAGGAGGAAUGUGUAAUCAGAAUUGGGCUCGUUUGGUUCUCUUGUUGGUUCUGCUCUCUGGGUUCUUCUUGGUGAUUGCCUUGGCAGAGAGUUCAGAGAAAGAUGAGACUUUUAUUAGCCAGUUCAUGGCUCCAUCUACAGGGCAGGCCAAUGAACAAAUGGUAGAAACAUUAUGGGCACAUAGUUGUUGGCAAGAUCCAGACUGUGUUAAAGAAGCUGUCACAAUAUUCAAGUUAUGUUUCCCAGGAUCAAAGGAUAAUAACUUGGAGCUAUUUGGUUUUACCCCUUCCCAUCUGAAACAAACUCUUCUUAUGUGUAUCCAAAAACAAGGAGAGUUGAAUGGUCAUAACCUCAAUUACCUUAAGCUCUUACCAUCUAUCCUUGAUAAUGCUCCCAGGAGAAAUCUAGCUUCUACGCCUUCUCCUUCCCCUCCUCCCAAGCGUAGUAGUCGACGUCCACCUCCUGCUGCUUCUAAGAAAAGCGUUUCUGAAAAGUUAACUUCUAAACCAGCUUCAUCCGCAAAAGGAAAAGAGGACCAUCAGAAGACAAUCAUCAUCGCCGUUGUCACCACUGCUGUUUCCACCUUUCUGCUCGCUGCGUGCCUCUUCUUGUGCUGUACUAAGGUUUGUGGAAAUGGUUCAGGAGGCAGGAUAAAUGAUGAACGUCCUCUUCUUAGUUUAAGUAGUAACGAGUACUCUCUUGGUUCAUCCAACAACUACGGUGGUUCUGGCAAAGGUCAUCAAUCUUUUAACGGAAACAAUUCAGACAAUUUUGUUACGUUAGAGGAAAGGAUGUCAAUGGAUGGGAUGUUUAAUAAUAUCAAUAACAGUCAUGGGAUACCGCCGUUGAAGGCUCCACCUGGAAGAAAAUCUUCUAAAAUUUCAUGGAAGCCUCCUUCUGGUAAAGUGGAGCCGCUUCCACCUGAACCACCCAAGUUUCUUAAAGUGUCCUCCUCAAAAAAGUCUUCUCAUGCUCCUUCUCCACCGCCACCGCCCAUGCCGUCUUCCGCUGGUCCUCCAAGACCACCUCCUCCAGCUCCUCCGCCUGGCUCUGGUGGGCCUAAGCCACCUCCUCCUCCCGGACCAAAAGGACCACGUCCACCUCCACCGAUGAGCCUUGGCAAGAAAGCUCCUCCAGCGUCUCCUGGCCCAGCGAGUUCAGGAGAUGAUGAUGCUCCCAAAACAAAGCUGAAGCCGUUUUUCUGGGAUAAAGUGCAAGCUAACCCUGAACAGUCUAUGGUUUGGAAUGAUAUUAGAUCAGGAUCUUUCCAGUUCAAUGAGGAGAUGAUAGAGUCGUUAUUUGGAUACGCAGCUGCAGACAAGAACAAAAACGACAAGAAGGGAGGCUCUGGACAAGCUGCUUUACCUCAGUUUAUUCAGAUUCUUGAACCAAAGAAAGGACAAAACCUAUCCAUUCUCUUGCGUGCGUUGAACGCAACUACUGAAGAAGUCUGUGAUGCCCUUCUUGAAGGAAACGAGCUUCCUGUUGAAUUCAUCCAGACGCUCUUAAAGAUGGCACCAACACCAGAAGAAGAACUAAAGCUCAGACUAUACUCCGGCGAAAUAGCUCAGCUGGGAACAGCCGAACGCUUCCUCAAAGCAGUAGUCGACAUCCCUUUCGCCUUCAAGCGUCUAGAGGCGCUUCUCUUCAUGUGCACGCUCCACGAAGAAAUGGCCUUUGUCAAAGAAUCUUUUCAGACGUUAGAGGUCGCUUGUCAAGAGCUCAGAGGAAGCCGCCUGUUCCUGAAGCUCCUAGAAGCCGUUCUCAAGACCGGAAACCGAAUGAACGACGGCACGUUCAGAGGCGCCGCACAAGCAUUCAAGCUAGACACUCUUCUGAAGCUAGCAGACGUGAAGGGAACAGAUGGUAAAACGACUCUCCUCCAUUUCGUCGUCCAAGAGAUCAUCAGAACCGAAGGGAGGAGAGCCGCGCGGACCAUCAGAGAGAGCCAGAGCUUCUCCAGCGUCAAGACAGAGGAUCUGAUGGCUGAGGAGACCUCAGAGGAGAUGGAGGAGAAUUACCGCGGCCUCGGGCUUCAGAAAGUCUCAGGCCUUAGCAGUGAGCUUGAACAUGUCAAGAAGUCUGCGAACGUGGACGCUGAUAGCUUAACAGGGACCGUUCUCAAGAUGGGACACGCGUUGGCCAAAGCGAGAGAGUUUGUUAACUCGGAGAUGAAGAGUUCGGAUGAGGAGAGCGGGUUCCGCGAGGCGCUUGAGGAUUUUAUUCAGAACGCUGAAGGGAGCGUUGUGGAGAUUCUUGAGGAAGAGAAGAGGAUCAUGGCGUUGGUGAAAGCCACGGGUGAUUAUUUCCAUGGGAAGGCGGGGAAAGACGAAGGGCUGCGUUUGUUUGUGAUCGUGCGUGAUUUCUUGAUAAUCUUGGAUAAGUCUUGUAAGGAAGUCAGAGAAGCUAAAGGGAAGCAGGUGAAGAUGGCGAGGAAACAGGGCUCAACAGCGUCAUCAGUAGCUUCUGAGAUUCCGAGAGCGCCUUCGUUAGAUCCUAGAGAGAAGCUGUUUCCUGCUAUUACUGAGAGACGUGUGGAUCAGUCUAGUUCAGAUUCAGACUAAAAGAAAGAAUAGUAAUCUUGGGGGUUUUGUUAACUUGCAGAGAUGACAGGUUUUAGUAACUGAUAUGAUCAGAUGAACAAUCUUGAAAGAGGUUUUGAGGUAAAUAUAGCUGCAGGGAGUCGUUGACUUUGGUUCUUCUGACAUUCUCUGCAUUAGUUUUAGAAUUACACAUUUUCUUCCAUUUUUUUUUUGUUGAAUCUUGUUGGAAAUAGAAGAGUAAUUAACUUAUGUGUUUGCUUUUGUAAUAUUACUAUCAAUUACAUUAUAUAUUCAUUUUAAACUGAAA